AUGACUUCCGCACCCAGUUUCCCGGUCCCACUAAUCGUGGCCCUGACCCUCGCCCUGCUGGCCCUGGGCGCUUGGGCGGAUGAGCUCGAUCUGGACUACUCCAACGAGUACGACGAUGUGCGUCCGCAUCUGGUCUAUCCAGAUGAUCCCAGGCUGGACAAGCGCAUCGGCGAUGCGGCGCGAGAGUUUGGACAGAAUAUCACCCAAGCAUGGCACUCGAUGGUGGACUCGUUUAGAAACUACUUCGAGGAACUCAAGAGCCUCUUCUCCGACACCACGGACCACAGUGGAUCAUCACCCAACGAGAUCUUUUCCAGCCACUGAAAAUGGGGGGCGCAUCUUUGGGGCAAAUAA